CGGCUAUAGGACUAAUGUAUAAAAAAGUUGGAUAAAUGGAAAUAAUACUACCUUUGGAGCUUCACAACGAGCAGAAGUUCCUAGACUGUGCUUCUCAAAUACAAUAUGAUGAGUUUUCAGCCAGGAAAUUUGUAUUUUACAAUGGCUACAGCGACUUGGAUAUAUACGAAAACAUGGGCGAUGACCGCAUACAGACGCUCCUCUAUGGCUGGGAGGUUUGCAGUCUGCACUGGCGCGACUGCAUCACCGAAGAAAUAUGUCAUAUUGUGAAGGUGUUGGCCCAUCAUUCGCUGCAGUUGUGGUUUAGUCAGGAGUGGAUUGUGUGCUCUCCCUGCUUGAAGAGAAUGUUGCUUUAUUACCUUCAAAAAGCGGCUCCAGCAUUCAACCAGAUCGCAGAUCUGCGUGAAAUUGAUUGGACGUAUUUAUUACAUUUUCAAACAACUCCCUGGCGUGUGCCAUAUCUUCAAAAAAUGUUUGCGCAGCUUAAACAGAAUAAACAAACUGGCAUAGAGCCUCCCGUUCCAGCACCUACAAGCGAAGAUUUCACAUUUCUGCAGCAAGAGGAUCUCCAUCUCAUACUGUUGCGUUUAAUAAAGCUGUUCGAUGCCGGGAGCUGGGAGGCGGUCAAGCAAUUGUCGCUCCGCGUCUUGAGUGCUUGGCUGAAGACGCAUGCCAAUUCCCGUCUCGAAGACUUGCAGCGAGAUCAGGUCUACAUCAUAUUGACUGCACAUACUUAUCUAAUGACUGUCUUCGUGGCAGAUGAUAAUCGUGGCUACAUUAUAGACAACAUGAUGUACAACAUACGCUUCUAUACGCAGAGUAUGCAGGAGGCGCGCAAUUCGGAGGGCAUUAUUUAUACUCCAGCUCGACUUAUUGCCCAGAUUUGUGUACUUCUGGGUUUGGGCAAAUACGGGUUUUUUGACCAUAUUAUGUUCAAAAAGUUCAACUUAAAUCUUGUGACAUCUUUUGCUGUUGUACUGGAGGCUUACUCCAGUUAUGUUAUGGGCAAUCAGCUGCUGGACUUCAUGGCCAUGAAUGACAACGACUUUAAGGCUCAUUUGCCACAGUUUAAGUUGCUGAUGCAUCGGUAUGUAGAGGAGCGCGAACAUAGUGAGCGCUUCCUGCUCAACGAGCUCACGAAGUUGGAAGCACAGCGCAAUAGUCAUGCAACACCAAAUACAGUGCAAUUAAAUCUAAAUCACCAGCAACAGAUUUGCAAAGGAAAUCGCGCCAGCAACAUUGGCAAUUAUAAAAAUUGCGACGAUGAUGCGAAACCACAACUGGAUCUUGACGAAGAACACGAUAUCCAAAUAGAUCCCGUAUUUCAAAACGUACCUCUCACCGAUGAGGUGCUUGAAUUUGUAUAUAAUGUGCUAGCACCGCGGGACUACCAUGGCUGGCAAUUUGCUAAAAUUGUACUGCUUUUAAAAAUCAUUGGCCAUAAGUUAAAUACAAUUGAGAUUUGGCGCUAUCAUCCCGGACUCACCACAACAUUUAUGCUUAAUUUGGAGCAUAAGUUAGCCGACAACUAUGCCGACUUGGCUAAAUUAUUUUCCGAAAUUGCAUUCAUGGAGGCAGAGUUCUGGUUGACGGCGUUCUAUUUGCAUCCAAUUCGUUCUUACUAUGGUGAAGUAAAACGUUGUUCGCGUAUAAAAAAGAAGCGUCUGCAUGAUGAUGAGCUAUCUCAACCUUCUCCAGCUAAAAAUAGGCGUUUGGAGCCAAUACCCAAUAUCAAAUUUGAGCUGUUGAGCUCGACAAUUGAUGUAGAUGAAAUUGUUACAAUUACCAAUCACAGUGCGCCCGUCGCCGAUUACGAUCCCCUCUAUAAAGCUUUACAAGCUUUGCGCUUACCACGUAGUAUUGUCAAUGACCUUCUAACGGUGGCGUUUCAGCCACGCAAUAAGCGCUAUUCGUGGGCGCUGGAAUGGGAAACUCUACAUGAUCGUUGCAGUGCACUCCUUAACAGCAAGGACUUAAAGAGAAAGUUUGUGGCACUAAAUAUGGCAGAGGCCAAUGAUAAAUUGAAAUAUCUAAAAAUUGAUUAUGCAAAAUACAAAAAUCGUCCACAACUGGACUACGGCAGUAUUGAGGAGGGAUAUGAGAAUGCUGCUAACAUACCCGAGACUGAAGUCGAACAUAGUCCUGACGAGGAUGCUGAGGAGAAAAAACCUAGGCGACAUACUCGAAAAUAUUGGGAUGAAGUUAUAUCUGAAGAAGAAGAAGAAGAGGCAUCAAGUGAUUCAGAUGAGUAUCAGGAAGGCACGGGACGUCGAACGCGUACGCGUGCUGCUGCUGUGGUUGCCAAAGCAAUGAUUACGGACAUGGAACGUGAAAUACGAAGUGGCCAUCAUUCGCACGCACUUUCACCCUCUUCCGCAGCACUUCCGGAAGAGGAAACGCAGCCGGGCUCGCCAGAAACUGUGCCCAAGGAUUCAUUAACACAGCAAGAAAUUGCUCCUGAGAAGCGUCCAUUUGGCGAACUUUUACAGGCGCGCGACAAGUUCAAAAACGACACUAUCGGCUUUAAAGCCUUUGCAGACAUUUGGAGCUUUGAAAAAAAUGAACUAUCACGGGUAGAAAAUGAUAAUAAUGUGCUCUUAGAAAGUAACACAUUGUUAAAAAAGUUCAGAAACCUUAAAUGUCUGAAACGGGAUACCAGUACUGCAACAGAAAAAAUUGAAACUAUGCCACCAUUGCCUGAGGAGCAUUUUUCGAGACCCAGAGAAGCCAUACGUGUUGAAACCGCUUCUGAUAUUUUUAAUUUAGCUGGACCGUCAAUACCAAUCGAAUAUCCUAAUGAAGCGGAAUCCGAUAAUGCUAUGAAAAUGAUAAAAGAGACGAUUCACUCCCCGUCGACAAGUUUAUUGACAGAUAAAGUGUUAAAUGAGGAAAUUGAGAUCUCAAUAACACCGCCUUUGCGUGAAGAAAUCAAUGCAGUAGAAGCUGAUUUUGAAACCAUAAUUGUAAAAGAACCCAAGGAGCCUAGAAUUGAAACGGAAAUGAGAUCAGUAAUUGAGGAAUCUGUAGAGGUUAAAAAUUCGACAGGUGCGAUUGGCACGGAAACCGCAGCUGCGGAAAAAUCGGUCGAAGUCAAUAUGCACGCUGCAUUGAGCUCCGAAACAGAAUCGGAGACCGAAACGGCAAGAAAUGAAAAUAAAAUGGUGUUGGUAGAAGUCAUCUCAGGAGAAGAGCCCAAAGACGGACCAACAAUUGGAGAAUUCCAAACGGAUCUCUAUAAAACUCCGGAGGAAACAGCAGUCGUAAAAGCUAAUGUUCUUACACGUGAUGAACCCGAAGAUGACGCAACAAUCAAAGAAUUUCAAAACGAACUCGUGGAUAUAGUAUCAGCACAAAUUGAAGUUUCUGCAGAGAAGGAAUUAGCAGUCAAAACUACAACGUUUGAAACUAAGGUGGAUCCCCUUGACGCUCAAGAAUUGGCAGAUAGAUAUGAAACGUCAACGGCAGAACCAUUACCAAAGCGCCUUAAGGCCAUUCCAGACGAUAAUGUAACUCCCAACACCGGUAUAACCGUAAACGAGGAAGAAGAUAGCGAGGAACAAUACAACGAGCAAGCUGUUUCUUUUAGAAGUCCAACAGUGCCUCCCUCUGUAGAAGAAACGGAGAGUGAAGAAGAAGCUUCUGAAAUGAAAAAAUUCCGAGAUCGACUGAUACACGAAUGCCUAACACGCCCAGCUAAGGUUCAUCUGGUUAGGCUUGCACCACAGGAUAUCGAAACUUUGCGGGACUUUCGCGUACGGGUCAAGAGAACAGAUUUCGAAAACUACUAUCGCGAGCAAACUCAAGCGCAGCAACAAAUCAAGCGCAGGCGAAGACCGAGUGCCAAAUCGCGCAGCAAUACAGAAGACAGCAACGCCUCGACUCCCACGUUAGAACUGAAGAGUGUGCGGAAGCGCUAUAAGAAAUUCGUACAUAUUACAUCCGAUUCACCCACAAGUUCACCCGCAAUGAUGUUGGUUAGACAACGCCUUAAGCACUUCCAUCAUGUCACGUCCGACUCUUCAACGGAGGCCGAGGAAAUAUCACGACCGGCUCCGGCUACAGUUAAGCGUAGACGCGGUGCAAAACUUUACACGACACCGCGUAGCUCUAGCGGCCUAAAAAUACGAAUUUCCAAGAAACGGGCCGAUAAUGCGAUGGCCGACGUUAUAGAGCUGUCCUCAGGGUCAUCAAGCUCAUCGUUGUCCUCGCCAGUGCCAAGCACCUCAAGGGGUCACUUUAAUCAGGUGGCCAUGCCGCUAGAAAUGGAUCCGCUGUACGAAGAGGAAAUUGUUCCUUACUGCUAAUCAUAUAUCAGCAAUUGUUUGCUCAGAUUUUCGAUUUCAAUUCUGUGAAUCUAAUACUAAUAAAUAUGCUCUUCUGCAUAUCUGGAAAAAAACUCACAGUUUACGGAGUUUGAAAGUUCAAUGAAUAGGAAUCGUUUUCCUACGACUUGGUCAAUUGAAAAAUACCUCUUAUAUAGUAAGAUCUCUUGCCCCAGAUCGACCAAGAUUGAAUUGGGUAAGAGGCGAAGCCCUGCGUGUUAUUAUAUUUAAGUGCUUAUAUAUAUACUAUAUAUGUUUAAAUUUAAACGAACCACCAGCAACAACUUCGAGUGCCAGGUGUUAAGGAUAACAAAAACAAAUAAAACUUAGCUAUAUAUUCUCUACAAUCCUGACAUAAUGUAAUAAAAUAUCGAGUUACUCACACA